UCCACCCCGAGUGGCAAAACCCACCCGAGGCAGCGCCGCCAGCCACUCCACCUCCCGAGCACCAAGCACCGGCGGCAGCGGCAGCCAUGGCGGUCGGCAAGAACAAGCGCAUCUCCAAGGGGAAGAAGGGAGGGAAGAAGAAGACCGUCGAUCCGUUCGCCAAGAAGGACUGGUACGACAUCAAGGCCCCGUCGGUGUUCAGCGUGCGCAACGUCGGCAAGACCCUCGUGUCUAGGACACAGGGUACCAAGAUUGCCUCCGAUGGUUUGAAGCACAGAGUUUUUGAGGUCUCCUUGGCUGAUCUCCAGAAUGAUGAGGAUCAGGCUUACAGGAAGAUCAGACUUCGCGCGGAAGAUGUACAAGGGAGGAAUGUGCUCACAAACUUUUGGGGCAUGGAUUUCACCACUGACAAGCUCAGGUCACUGGUGAGGAAGUGGCAGACGCUCAUCGAGGCUCACGUCGAUGUUAAGACCACUGAUAGUUACAUGCUCCGCCUGUUCUGCAUCGGCUUCACCAAGAGACGUCCCAACCAAGUAAAGCGCACUUGCUACGCGCAGGCUAGCCAGAUCCGACAGAUUCGCCGCAAGAUGGUUGAGAUCAUGGCAAGCCAAUCCUCUACCUGUGACUUGAAGGAGCUGGUAUCAAAGUUCAUCCCUGAAGUCAUUGGCAAGGAGAUUGAGAAGGCGACAUCAAGCAUCUUCCCUCUCCAGAAUGUGUUCAUCCGCAAGGUCAAGAUCCUGAAGGCCCCCAAAUUCGAUCUGGGAAAACUCAUGGAGGUCCAUGGUGACUAUAAGGAGGAUGUUGGUGUGAAGCUGGAAAGGCCUACCGAAGGAGAUGAGGCCAUGGCGGGACAGGAGGUUGCUGCUACGGCUGAGUAGAGAAAGUCCUGUCACUAUUUUCUUCUUAUUUAGAAGAUAUAUGUACUACCACCUAUCUAGGUGGGUGACAUGAACUUCGUAGUCAAGUUUUGAUGCCUGCUUUCCUGAACACUUUGUUGAGACCUAUCCAGUGGCGGCUUGAUUUCAUAAGAAAAUCGAAUGUUUCAAGGGUACCGUGGUUCUUUUUUUCUUAA